AUGCUCCACAGACUGGUGUUUGCGUGUGCGCUCGUGGCUCUGUUCGGCGCGGGAUCGUCUCUGCGCUGCGAGUGGAUGGACCACAAGUUCAAACAGUUCAGUGACACCUCGUUGGAUCUGCUGGGGAAGAUGGUCAUUAACGCCACAAACAGCACUGGGGACCAGGAGGAUGCUGGAGAGGAGGUGCCCUUCCCUCAUCAUCUGUACAGACAGGUGUCUCAAGAAUCAGCUAAGAAACAAGUCGCCUUCACGGUCCAGGUUCUGAAGGAAGUGUUUGUCCUGUUUGUGGAGGACAGCUCCUUCUCAUCAUGGCAGCAGAGCGGACUGGAGAAGUUCCUCGGAGUGGUGAACACACUAGCUGAAAGGCUUCACGCCUGCGUGCCUGGGAGCCUCGAGCCCGUCCACAAAACAAAGCUGCAAAUGUACUUCAAGAGGCUGCUGAAUCACAUCCUGAAGAAACAGGGUUACAGUGUUGAAGCCUGGGAGAUCAUCAGGAAGACAACUAAAACUCAUCUAGAGAGAACACAGCGGCUGCUUUCUGCUUUAAUCUCCUCAUGA